AUGUGCAGAACACCUUAUCUUAGCAGAAUAGCAUUCGAAUUUUGCCCACACACAUGCGGACUUUGUGACUUACCUGGUGCUGGUGGUGAAUGUCCAGACAGCAUUGAUGGGUGCGAAAGUUUGAGGGGAUUUUGUCAACUUGACUCGAUUAGAAAUAUUUGCCAGAGAAGCUGUUUUUCAAAGGCUUGUCUUCAAAACAUCACAAUUUCGCAAUCCAGUGGCUGCACUGAUGCACAUGUUGACUGUCCUUCAUAUCGGCACCUUUGCGAUAUCGGUGAUUAUGGAACUGUGAUGAGAACACAAUGUAGGCGAACCUGUGGCCAUUGUUGA